UAAAGUUGGGAUAUGUUUAAUGUCCGUUUCCUUUUAAAUGUGAUGUCACAUUUGUUUGACUGUUGACCCUCGUUCUUACGACUGCACGCUCAAUUCCUUCCGAACCUUUCUUUCAUGCUACGAUGAUUUGACAUUGUAAGAGUUGGACACUUUAUAACUUCCUUUGCGGACGUCACUUUGAUUUUGUGGAGCAUAUCAGUUUACAUGAUGGAUCAGGCUCAAGCACCACCGGCAAUACAGGGGCAGACGUGUGUGGCGUGCGGCGCUGCGGCCGUGCUGGCGUGCCCUACUUGCGGCGACGAGUUCUACUGCUCGCAGGACCACAUCAAGUCGCCGUACAACUCUGAGAAGCACGACGUGGUCUGCGCCUGGAACGUGCGCCAGCGACAGGCCGAGCAGGAGCGCGUUGGCCGCCAGGAGCAGCAGCAAGCCGCCGGGCCGGCUGUCGUCCAGGACUCGCCGCUGCUGGCGCUGGGUGACAACUUGCUGGUCCACCUGUGCGGCUUCCUGCGCGCCGACGACCUGGUGCGUCUGGGACAGGUGUGCCGCGCGCUGCGCUCCGUGUGCAGGGACGCGCGCGCCUGGGCGAGCGUGCACUUCUGCGCGAGCAGCACGAGCUACAGCUCGCGCUCCGAAGGCACUCGCCUCUUCCAGUACGGCGUGCUCAAGAUCGCGCCUGCACUGCACACCAUGGAAGUACCCUACAGGUGGCCAGCCGUCAACCUGUUGCGCUACACCAACAAAGUCAAGGUUUUCGAGCUUCAGUACGAAUGUGCGUCGGGCGAGAUGGUUGAAGAUUGGGACAAGAAGCGCCUGUUCCACACCCUCCGCCACUACAGCCAAAGCCUGGAAGUGGUGAAGCUCGACUGCUUGCACGAGAUGGACACUCUCCGUCUCAUAGACCAGAUGCCAAACGUGCGUGAGCUCUACAUCGAGGGCAAGCUGGUGAAGGCGUACGCGGGAUGCACCAAGGUGGUCAAGUCUUUGGGCCUGGGCAACACGGUGAGCAAAGAGGUGGCCGUGGACUUCGUUCGCGCCAACCGCAGCACGUUGCAGUCCUUCACCGUGUCGGAGUACAAGAAUCGCUGGGCGUAUUGUGAUGAAAGGUCGCCACUGUGGAAGGAGCUCAAGAAGUGCAAUGGUUUGGUGAAAAUGUCUCUGAUGCCACCAUUAAGCAUUAUCAACUCCUUCCCUCAUCUGCGAUCGUUCAGCAUGAAGGAUUUCGGCGAUGAAAAUCAUGCCAAGAUUAAGAGGGCCUUCACAUCGUCACCUGUUAUAAGGAACCUGACAACUUUAAAUCUGCAGAUGGGCUACCAUGGUCACAGAGGGCUAUUGAAGGUUGUAGGCACUAGCUGUGUCGCGCUGCGCGAGCUGGCUAUCCUAUUUCGCAGCUCUGGACGUAUGAACUUCGUCACCGUGCAUGUGGACGUCCCUCGAGACUUGCACGUGAUCUUGGGUGGGUUGGCCAACCUGGAGACGCUGACGCUGUCCGUGGCGAGGGUUCCCAGCAUGGUACUCGAUGGCAUAGCUCAGGGCGCGCUGCCCAAACUAACUCACCUCAGGCUUAACUCAUGCGGCGUGACGCCGCAGGGCCGCGAGGCGCUGGCCAGGCUGCGAGAGCAACGCAGCACCCUGCAGCUGGACGCCAAGGUCAGCAAGGCGUACACGGAACAUGACACGUGCUGGGACUGGCUGCCCGAGCGCUGCCAGGAGGCCAUGUGCCGCGCCCGCUCGGAGUGCGACGAGGAGGACCCUGUCCCCGACCCGGAUUCGGAUGACGGAGACUCCGGCGACGUUGACUCCGACGGAGGCUGCGGCGGUGGAUUCCCGGACUCCACGCAUUUCGAUGACUUCGCUUGCAUGCUUUCCGACUCGGAUUAGGGUUGCCGAUUUGGAUUCCGGCUCGGACUGGUCUUUGUAUCAAUCGAUGCGUUUCGUCUUUAAUGUUGUGUCCUAACUGAGAAUACCAUUCAUUCACGCUACGAUUGUUGUAUAAGGCGCACUGCGCAGUUCAUAUGGUGACGGUAAUUUUUAUUUUCUUUGAUUUUCUGAAAAGUUGACUUGCAAGAUCAUCGAGUAGUUCUGCACGAUGUUUCAUCUUAUUUAUCUGCUUAUUAGUUGACAAUGUAACUUCUGUCGUCCUGAAAACUAGUUACACAUUUACUGUGUUCUGUCAUGAUCAAUAAAAAAAAUUCCAAAAAUUUA